AAGGUCCAGAAGAAUUAGAAAGCCCGUAUUUCAAAAUACAAAGCACCCUCGAACCACAUAAUCUCGUUGAGACGUCUAAAAGAAUUUUACAGGCAGUGAAUACCAAACCUGCGUUAACCUAUUCUUACUGUUUAGAAGUACUAUUUGAGGACGACAAAGCCUUCUUUACCUUAUGUCUUAACCCUGUUUUGUGGUUCGAUGUGUACUUGAGAAAAAAAGAUCUAGAGACUUCCGCUAGGAUUGCGAGAACAUACGUCACCAAUGCCCGGUUAACCGUAUCUUAUGAAAAUGAUAUAUUGUUUAAUAUCUAA